AUGGCCGGGGCGGGGUCGGGGCCGCAAGUGGGCGGGGCCGCAGGUGGCAUCGGGGCCGAAGGUAAGGCGGCAGAGCCGCGGGGAGGGGCGGCACGUGACGCCGCAAAGGACGGUGACGGGCCGGGACAGGCGGCGCACGGGCGGCGAAGAGCCGGGACAGGCGGCGUGGGGCCGGGGCGGGUACCGCACGGGCGGCGACGGGCCGGGGCAGCUGCGCGGGGCCGGGACGAGCGGCGCACGGGCGGCUACGAGCCGGGACGGGCGGCGACGGGCCGGGACGGACAGCGCACGGGCGGCGACGGGCCGGGACGGGCGGCGACGGGCCGGUACGGGCGGCAACGGGGCCGCAGCGGACGGCGGCGCGUCGUACGGGCGGCACGCGACGCCGCGAAGGGCGGCGACGGGCUGGUAUGGGCGGCGACGGGCCGGGACAGGCGGCGCACGGGCGGCGACGAGCCGGGACGGGCGGCGACGGGCCGGGACGGCUAA